AAAAUACUUCCAAGUUGUCGAAUUCUUCUUCAGAAUGGCAGCUUAUAUCUACUUCUUCCAAGUGCUCGCAGUCUGAGAUAAGUAAGUGGAGAAGGGUGCGCCUUGUGUUGCCGUUUCGAAGCAGCGGUCGCAGUGGGAGGGCUGUCACGCCUUCCAAUUCUCUAAUAUCAACCCUCCAUAGGGACAACAGCCGAUUUUUGGAGAGUUGCUCCAGUGUGUCGAGCCUUCUGACAUCGAUAGAUAGAGAUGUGAUCUCGGAGAGCACUAAUUCUUCGAUGCUUGCUUGACCUUCAGUAUCUCAUGCUUUAAAUGCGGAACCUAAUAGUUGCAGCUGUGCUAGUUUGUGUAAUCUCGGUAUCAAUCCAUGAGGGAUGCUUCUCAGAGAACUUGAAAAAUUCACUGACAAGCGCCUCAAUUGGAUCAGAUCUCCCAACUCCACAGGCAGCGAACUUAUGGGAGUGAAACUUAAGUCUAGGUAUCUUAAGUGCAGUAGUCGUCCGAUAGCUGGAGGAAUUUCACUGAUGUUGUUAUAUGACAUAUCAAGGCACGUGAGUGCAUUCAUGUUUUGAAAGAAACGCUCAGGGAUCAUAGCAAUAUGGUUCCCCCGAAGAAUCAGGACCGACAAAGUCGGGCAAUCAGGAUGCUGGGCAGUUGCGUCCCGAGUCGUCCAUGAAUCAACCAAAUCGUUUUAUGUGUAUGGCAAUCCUGCAUUGAAGAAGAUCACGUUCUCUGGUGGAUCACUGCUUCGGAACGUUCGUCAACUGCUGCUUCUCUCAUGCGGCAGGCUGAAAAAUGCUACAUGGAUUGUGCACCUCCCAUACCUUGAAUCAUUAUCAAUUUGGGCAUGCAAUGGUAUGGAGCAUGUGAUUGCCGAUGAAGAAGACGAUGACAUUGCAACAAAGAGGGGUGAUAUUGAGUUAGAAAUAACGCUGAAAUUCUCUGAACUCAGAACAAUGAAUCUUGUAUUACUAGAAGAGUUGAGGUCUUUCUCUACCCGUGCUUUUAGCGCCCCUCUAUUGACUAAUGUCGUUAUUCUUGAGUGACCGAAGUUUGAUGCGUCACAAAAGGCUGAGCUGAUGUCGAUUUGAUGCGUGACGAAAGGCAAUUGCUUUGGCCUGUGAAUGUGGGGGCCACAAGCACGUGAACAACGAGCACGUGAACAGCAAAACACAGUUUGAGUUUAGCGCCGAGUACAACGGACAAUUCAAGGGCCUGGACAGUUUGUAAAUAAAAUCAGGUGGCCACCUGAUUCACAGAUGUCACGUGUUCACACUCAUGGUCCCAAACGAAAUCUUGACACGCGGCCGGCGUCCACAUCAUCUGGAGGCAGAGAGCUCAACGAUGGACGGUGAAACCGGAAGUUGUCUCGGUUGGGCAGCGAGGGAUCCUUCUGGCGUUCUCUCCCCUCACAGAUUUAAUCGCAGGGUUGUCGGAGAUGAUGAUGUUUCUCUUAGAAUAACACACUGUGGAGUUUGUUUUGCUGACUACAGUUGGACGAGAAAUAAAUUGGGGGACUCAAAUUAUCCCCUUGUUCCCGGGCAUGAGAUUGUUGGAAUUGUCACAGAGGUUGGUUCCAACAUCAAACGUUUCAAAAUUGGUGAUCAUGUCGGUGUUGGUACAUACGUAAAUUCGUGUAGAGAUUGCCAAUAUUGCAACGAGAAACAAGAAGUUCAUUGCUCAAAAGGACCAGUUUUUACUUUCAACGGAUUAGAUUCGGAUGGAACAAUCACAAAAGGGGGAUAUUCAAGUUACAUCGUAGUACAUGAGAGGUAUUGUUACAUUAUACCUAGUGGUUAUCCACUUGAAAAGGCAGCACCAUUACUAUGUGCAGGAAUUACAGUGUAUUCGCCUAUGAUACGUCAUAAUAUGAAUCAACCGGGUAAAUCUCUUGGUGUUAUUGGUCUUGGUGGCCUAGGUCAUAUGGCGGUAAAAUUUGGAAAAGCGUUUGGUUUAAAAGUUACUGUUUUUAGUACUAGCAAAUCCAAAAGAGAGGAAGCUUUGAAACUUCUCGGAGCAGAUAGAUUUGUUAUAUCAUCAGAUGCUCAGGAGAUGCAGUCUUUAGCAGGUACCCUUGACUUCAUUGUCGACACUGCUGCUGGUGAUCACCCUUUUGAUCCUUAUAUGUCACUCUUGAAAGUUUAUGGAGUUAUGGUGCUUGUGGGUUUUCCUAGUGAGAUCAAAAUGAGCCCUGCAAGUCUUAAUUUCGGUGCAAAAACUGUUUCAGGGAGCAUAACGGGCGGUUCAAAAGAUACACAGGAAAUGCUAGAGUUUAGUGCAGCCAACAAGAUUUUUCCAGAGGUUGAAAUUAUUCCGAUUCAGUAUAUAAAUGAGGCACUUGAGAGAAUGAUCAAGAAGGACGUGAAGUAUCGGUUUGUGAUUGAUAUUGAGAACUCCCUCAAGUGAAAAUUUGAUAUUUCGAUGUCUACCUUGGAAAACAUACCAAUAAAUUAUCUAUCAAGUGAAUAACACUACAAUAAAUUAUCUAUCGAGUGAAUAACACUACAAUGGUAUUUGUUUUAAAUA